UAAACUUACCUGUAGAGCCUUUGCUCAUCUAACUUCAUUGUCUGUAGAGCUCUAGAGAGUGUGGAGUAGGGUGCAGCAGGACACCAGUAUUUUGUUUCAAAAAAAUAUUUUGGUUUUUAGUUUGUGGUGCCAAAAAUAAUCUAGGAAAAGGAUAAGAUCUGUGGCAAAUUCUUACAUUACUAUAAAUAGUUACCUGUAUUUUGUGACUUUGGUGAAGGUGAAGUGAACACUCAGAUGGCGGAGAGGAUUCCCUGGUGGAAGGCUUUCACCGGCAGGGUGCUGAGCAACGUUCUUAAAGACGCUGCGGUUCAGCAGGAUCAAGGCUUGGACAGCAAAAACUCGGGCUUCCUGGGGGACGGGUUUGAUGCCUCACAGCUGGAGCCAGCUGUGAUCGACCGCACGUUCAGCCGCAACCUCACUGUCUCGCGCUCGGGCCGCUUCAAGGAAAAACGCAAAGCGCGAGCCACUUUGCCCAGCAACAAUAACUUUUACGAGAGCAGCACAGCCGUGGCUAAGUAGCCAUAACAAAGUCCUACCAUGCAGCACAGACACAGACACAGAUCACAGAGAACCUCGAGAACCCGGAAUGAACUGUACUAAGGCAUAAUAAAAGCAAUAAAAAACGGUGAAGGUCAGUCACUAAUGUUAAUGUUGAUUACAAUGAGUGGCUGAAGCUUAGAGCCACCAAACUCACACCGUGCAAACAGUGUACAACAUUUUAUUAUCCAGGGGUCAUUAUUUCUUAGGCUGUUUAGUCAAGCUGAAGGCCUUCAUCUCUGGGAACAAAUGAAUAUGCUUUAUAUUCAUGUUUAUAGUCAGAAAAAAAAAAAGAGUUUAUCUGUCAAAAUUGUCAUUUCACCUGAAACUGUGGAUGUAAAGGAUUUGUAUAAUUGUAGUUGUAUGUUGUAUAAUUGGGACGUAAUUACAUUUUAGACCAUUUUUAAAGCAUUACAUGUACAUUACAUGUACAUUACAUGUACAACCAUCAGUGACAAGGAAAAGGUGCAGGUACAGGACAGAUUAUUCACAGGGUACAUGCUAGAACAUAAAGCAUAGGUUUAUAUUGGGUUCCAAGUACACCCCAGAUCGAAAGGACCCCUCAAAAUUUGUGCUUUUUAAGUGUGUGUGUGUGUGUGUGUGUGUGUGUGUGUGUGUGUUUUGUAAAUGAUCUGUCAUGGUGUCUUGAAUAUAUCAAAUCCACAAGAGACAUUCUAAUGUCUCUUGUUGACUUGCUAUAUGCUUAUCUAUUGAUAUAAAGGGCCACUUAUUUAUUAUCUAAAGAUUUAAUGUUUCUUGUGUACCUUUUUGUAUGAAGGAUAUUUACAUAUGAGGUAUUGAAUGUUUUUGUUUUUAUUUUUUUGUAACUUGAUUUGGAUGUAUGAAGUACUCUCAUGUAAGAUUAUCACAGUGGGGUUUCCCUGCUGUAAAGUCUGUUUUGCUUAGAAUCUUUUUCAUUGCACUUUUUCAUGUCAAAUUCGUCGAAUUUGUUUAGAAUGAUAAUUAUUCAUAUUUAUGUUCAUUGAUAUUCUGACAUUGCUUAUACGUUUAUAGGACAAUGUCAUAUACUCAUACACCAGUCCAUAUAUUAUUGAAAGGCGUGUUGUGGACAAGAACUACUACUGUAAGGGCUAUUGUUGAUAAUGGCAGGUUGUGUAACCAUAUAUGGAUGGAAUGUUGUGUUUAAUGGAGUAAAAGCAGUGUGCGUAGGCUACUGGUGUCUUACUAUCAACUUGUUAAUCGCCAUAAUCAGUACAUCACUGUUUCCUUUCUAUGCUCUUUGAGUUUGACAGUAAAGUAAACAUCGAAGUUA